AUGGCGACUUUUAGCUAUCUUGGGGUGGCCAAGAAUUUUGGUGACAGAAGAAUCCGCCACCGCAACUACUAUGCCGAGCAGGGACUGCUCGAGUUGCGCCACUGGAUUGGGUACUGCAACCUUUGGCUGCUUUCUUGCUUGUUUGGUUGGAAAGUCCCCUCUAUGUAA